AUGGCUCUGGGGGACUCGUAUAUGGCCUCCACGGCCGAAAAACAGGUCAUCUGUGCCAAUCGAGGGGUGUCAAAUGAGGGGCCCGAAAAGGACGUUCUUGGUAGGGAUAAGGAGAUCGAAUAUGUUGAAGCUGUUGCUGCCGAAAAGCAGACAAUUGGGAAGUGCCAAAAGAUUAAGCAACACUUUGCGAGAUUUCGGUACUAUUACCUUCUAGCAGGGAUCCUCUUCCUAGCUAUCUUUUUACCUGUGUUGUUCCUUCUGGUAAUUCCAGCUAUUGCUCAGCGCGUUGCGGAUGACACAAACAUCACUGUCUACUCAGCCACUAUGAUGAACCCCAAGCCCGACGCCGUUACCUUGACGCUCAACACAUCGCUAGCAAUUCCCCUGGGUCUGCGUGUGGGGAUAGACCCGCUCAAUAUAAAUCUGUUCAAUCGAGAUUCCAACCCACGGAUUACCUAUCUCACCGUACCACUUCCGGAGUAUUCAUUGAAAGGUACGACGAAUCUCGUCGCCACUAGUAACAACACUCCUGUUCUAGACGAGGAUGAGUUUGUGCGAGCUUUGGCCAUGGCCGUAUACUCCAAAAAAAUUACAUUAUCAGCGGGUGGAGAACCCACGGUGCAUCUGGGGGCUUUAAAGGCUCACUUAAAACUAGAUAAAGACGUCGAAUUAGCUGGCCUUGACAAACUAAAUGGAUUCUCCAUUGACGAAGCUGCAUUUCUACUGCCUGCUUUACCAGAUGGCUCAAACCUCAACGGCAAGGCAACAUUGCCAAACCACUCUGUUGUAACAUUCGCACUGGGGAAUGUAACGCUUAAUCUCAUGGCCAAAAACAUAGUUCUCGGAACCGCACGGCUGGAGAAUGUUAUACUACAGCCGGGAAAUAACAGUGUCAACUUCACAGCCAAAGCCGAUAUCAAGCAUGCGCUUGAUAAUAUUGGAUCCAUUCUCAAGGCUGAAGCUGAUGCACUUCGAAGCGGUGACAUUGAGCUCUCAGCUUCGGGAAACCAAACAGUCUACAACGGAGUACAUAUCCCCUAUUUUGAAAGAGUGUUAAACAACUUGACAAUUACGGCGCGUGUUCCGAUUAUCUCAAUCUUGCUUGACACAGUAGGCCAGUUUCUAGGUGAUGGAGCAGAUGGGGUUGUUAAUACACUGGACACCAUUCUGAACAAGGUCAACUUUGCUAGUCUCUUCAAGCAUGUUGACUUCACCUCUCUGGUUGAUAGCCUUGGUGAUAUCAUAAAGAACAUAAACUUAGGGACACUUCUUGAGGGCGUGAAUAUCAACCAGCUCUUGCAGGACAUUGACUGGAAAAAGGUUAUCGACGGAAUCAAGAGCAUUCUGAGUCAACUUGACUUAGGCGGUUUCCUCCAAAGCCUAGAUCUCGGGAAACUUCUCUCGGAAGUUGACUGGACCAGCCUAAUGCAGAGUAUUGUGAAUCUGCUUAAGAAGGUGGACUGGACCGCUGUGACAAAUGCCAUCAACUCGAUCCUGAAGAACAUCGAUCUAGGCGCUAUUAUCGAGAAAAUAGCGCCUCUUUUAAAGAACCUUGACCUGGAACAAAUCCUGAGCAAUCUCGACAUCGGGAAAACCAUCGACGAAUUGACACCUGUGCUAAAGGACCUCGAUCUGGGAAGCAUUCUCAAGCAAUUGGACUGGGGAACUAUUAUCAAGAGUGUUAUGAGCAUCCUUAAGAACAUCGACCUACCAUCCCUUCUCAAAACCCUGCUCACUACUUUCCAGACUCUUCAUUUGAGGGAUCUGUUAUACAAUGUGACUAUUGGGGGGAUCAAUAUUGGAGAUUUUCUUCAGAAGCUCGCUAAUGACUCCGGUAAUGUCAGUUUAGACCAGGCAUUGAACAAUCUCCAGCAUGCCUGGCAGGAUAUUGGAGGUCGUGGUGGCAGUAGUUAA